CACACCGCCUCCUCUCACAUACCCUCAGCGCCCCUUUCAGUCCUUUGCCAUGUCCAGCCGGCACGCGCGCCCCAGUGCGCAGGCGGCCGCGACGAAUGGCGUCGCCGGCUCAAGCGCGUCCGGCGCCGCAGCUGCCGGCGCCGCCGAGCCUCAGACGCCCGCACGACGCGUCCGCAAGUCCAAGCAGCUCAGCGCCAAGCAGUUCGAGAAGAUGAUCAAGGACCUGUCGUCGGUGCAGCGCAGCAACCGCAAGGCCGGGCACAUCCGCCUCACCUCGGGCGAGCCGGCGGGCGAGCCCGGCUCGAGCAGCUCGGGCGCCCGCGCCACAGACAGCGAUCCUGCUGCCGGCGCGGGCGAGUAUGCCGUGCCGUACACGAUUGGCGAGGAGGCAGAAGAGGGCCUGUCCGCUGCGCUUGCGGCGGUCAAUGUGGAGGGCGGCCAGGCCAACACGGAGUACUGGCUGCGCACCGUGCGCGAUGCCGACACCAGCGGGCUGGCCAAGCUGGCAGGCAAAGGUCCUGAUGGGAUCGCACUGGCGAGGACAGCUGCGAAGGGGCUGAAGGGCAAGGCAAAUGCCCCGCAAGACUCAUUCAUGCACGAGGCCUCGUUCGUGUUCAAUCCCUUGACACGGCGGGUGCCGCACGCAUCGCCGCGGAAGGCGGCUGCGGCGCCAUCAGGCAGCAGGGAGAAGGGCAAGAGCCGGGAGCCGGCUGCCUCCUCGCCUGCCCCGACGGCUCCCCGGCAUGAAGCGCCGGCUGAGGACGAAGAGUCCGAGCUCUUGCCGCUUGGCCUGGCGAGCAAGGAGGUGCAGGAGGCGCUCAUUCUGGAGGAUCUGCUCUUCGUCCUGAUGGGUAUCGAAGGCUCGUACAUCACGUAUGCGCCGUCCUAUGCGCCUGAUGAUCCGGCGGCGCGGCUAAGGGGCGCGCAGUGGGUCAUCGAUCCGGCGCUUGAUCCAUCCCUUCGCGAUCUCGUCGAGCGCAUCCUGCCGCUAGCGACGCACUACUCGUCGAUCUUCGCCUUUGUGGAGAUGGACAGCAGUCUGGAGUUCGGCACAGUGAUGCACGCGCUGUGUGCUGCCAUUCGCGAGCUGCUCAAGGAGUACGAGAUCUUGCUGGUGCAGCUCGAGCACCAGCAUGCGACAUCGCCGGCCUUCACGCUGCAGCGGUUCUUCUUCUACAUCCACCCGACGAUGCGCACGCUCAGCAUCGUGCACUCGCUCACGAGCUCGAUCGCCAAUGUCUCGCACGCGCCGCUGCUCGCUGACGACGACGACACUGCGUCGCUGUCGAGCAGCAGCGACGAGGAUGAUGACGAGGUGUCAGGCACGCUGGAGCAGGAGCAGCGCGCCAUCCUUGGCCUCGACGACGACGCAUCUGCCACGGAAGUGAAGGGCGGCAUCGUCAAGGGCGGAGAGGUGCUGGCAAUCCUGUGGGAGCGGUGCGAGCGAAUGCGCGGAGACGCGACUGCCAGCUCUCUGUUUUCGACCCUCUUCCUGCGAGCGUCGCAGCCAUAUGCCCGCAUUCUGCUUCGCUGGAUCACCACCGGCCACCUCUCCGACACGUACGACGAGUUCAUGAUCGCCGAGGACCCGCGCGUUACCGUCGCCAGCCUGGAGCAGGACCCGACGGACGAGUACUGGGACCGGCGGUACAUGCUGCGCGACGACAUGGUGCGCGAGCAGCGCGAGCAGCGACAGCAGCGCGGCCUCGACUUUGACUUUGAGGAGGAAGACCUCGGGCCGCGCGGCUUCCUGACUGGCGGCGCCAAGAUUCCUGGCUUCCUCGAGCCCUGGAAGCAGAAGAUCCUGCUCGCGGGCAAGUACCUCAACGUCGUGCGCGAGUGCGGCAAGGAGAUCGGCCGCGAGGACGGCGCGGACGCCGCGAAUGUGGACGAUGCAGCGAGAGGCCAGGGCCGCGACGGCCAGCUCGUCUCCAUGACUGACGACAGCUUCUAUGCACGCAUCGACGAGGCGUACGAGCGAGCCAACUCGGCCCUGCUGCGGCUGCUGCUCGUCGACCACAGCAUCAUGGAGCGGCUGCGCUCCAUGCGCCACUACUUCUUCCAGGCGCAGGGCGACUUCUUCUCCAUCUUCCUCGUCAAUGCCGAGCACGAGCUGCGCAAGCGUGUCAACCCGAGCCACAUUCGCGAGGCGACGACGGCGCGCCUGCAGUCGAUCCUUGGCAUGGUGCUGGGCAGCUCCAGCUGCGUCGGCUCCGACGACCCAUACCGCGAGGACGUGCGCAUCGACUUUGCAGGCGAGAAUGCGUACGAGCAGAUGCGGCGCAUCGCCGAGACCAAGGGCGGUGUCGAGGCAGCCAAGGCGCAGGCGCGGCGAGAGCGGCAGCGCGACGUCGACCUGAUCUCUGUCAUGGAGCUGCUGCAGUUUGACCUUGCCGUGCACUUUCCCGUGUCGCUCGUCAUCUCCAAGCGCAACAUCCUCCGCUGGCAGUUCCUCCAGCGGCCGAUCAUCCACCUCAAGGCCACCGAGCGAGCGCUGGCCGAGGUGUGGCACGAGCACCGCUCCUUCGACCUCUGGCGCGCCCGGCACAGUGCGCCGCUGGAGCGCUACAAGCUGCGCGUCUUUGCGCUGCGCUCGCGCAUCGGCUGCUUCGUGCAGCAGGUGCUCGCCUUCAUCACCGUCGAUGUGCUGGAGCGCAACUGGCGCGAGCUCGAGGAGAAGAUGGGCAGUGCCAAGACGGUCGACCAGUUUAUGCGCGACCACUUUGACUUUCUCAACACCUGCCGCAAGGAGUGCAUGCUGACGAACGUCAACUUUGUGGACGUCCUGGGCAAGUUGAUGUCCGUCGCCUCCGUCUUCACGCAGAACGCCGUGCGCUUCCGCGACUCGCUCAAGAACGAGGUGCAGCGCUGGGAGACGCACCGCGCAGCUCACCCGCUCGAGGCGCCGCUGGACGUCGACGAGAAGGUGCUGGCGUUCCUCGAGCGCAUCGAGGAGGUCUUUGACCGCCGCAUUCGCAUGUUCCGCGACAUCGUCUCGCUCGAGGCCACGACGGAGAACCCGGCCGCCGUGCCGCUGCAGUAUGCGCUCGUCAACGCCCUGCAAUAGAGCCGCCGCUGGCCUAGACGCGUGCUGCCUCCGAAGCCUGCUGCUCCGCUGCCCCUUUCCGCUCCGCCUCGCAUGUCACUGCCUUCUGCGGCUGGACGCCCGUGCCCUGCUGCUAUUUACCUGUCCCGAACGCUGCGCAAUGUAUCUGUACUGC